UAGGAGCCAAACCUGGCAACCACUGUGUCAGCCCCAAAAAUCCGUCCGGGCAACAACCGGAUUUAUUUAUUUCUUGGAUUGACUUAAAUACUGUGAAGUAAAUAUUGAAAAUCUAUGCUAACGGACAAAUAAAUGUGUUUAAAUUUUAAUGUAUAUCCUACAACUACAUUCAGUCGGCAAACGCGGCGUGAUUUGUAAAGACGGCAGUGGUUCCACCUUUUCUUCCAUGGGACCGCUAUCGGCGAUGUACGCAACAUUCAAGCUGCAAAAAUCCAAACCACACAAUUUGACACGUUCGGCUAUAAUUUAGCCAAGACAUGGGGGAGCAACCAGUGAGAGUCUUGGCAUGCGGGGACGUUGAGGGCAGGCUGAACGCUCUUUUCAACCGAGUCCAGACCAUCCAGAAGAAGACCGGACAGUUUGAUCUGCUGCUGUGCGUCGGAGAGUUUUUCGGAACGACGCCGGAGGCCGAGGCGGAGUGGCAGCAGUACAGAACCGGAGCCAGGAAAGUUCCCAUCCACACCUACAUCCUGGGAGCAGCGAGCCAGGAGACGGCGAAGAACUUCCCCGGCGCUGACGGCUGCGAGCUGGCUGAGAACGUCACGUAUCUGGGUCGGCGAGGUGUGUUCACGGGCGUGUCGGGGCUGCAGAUAGCCUACGUCAGCGGCCGGGAGGCCCCGCAGGAGCCGGCCCCGGCUCACUGCUUCACGGCCAAGGAUCUGUCGGCGCUCGUGGCUCCGCUGACCAGCAGCUCCAGGUUCAGGGGGGUCGACAUCCUGCUGACGUCGCAGUGGCCCCGAGGAGUGUGGCACUACGCAAACAACCCGGAAGUGAACACCAAGUUCUGUGGAAGCGGCUCCGUCGCCAACCUGGCAGACAAGCUGAGACCACGAUACCACUUUGCUGCACUAGAGGGCGCUCACUACGAGAGACUCCCAUACAGAAAUCACGUCGUCCUCCAGGAAAACGCUCAGCACGUCAGCCGCUUCAUCGCCCUGGCGACCGUCAACAACCCGGCCAAGAAGAAGUAUCUUUACGCCUUCAACAUAAUCCCCAUGAAGACCAUGGAUCCAUCAGAGCUGGUGAAGCAGCCGCAGGACGUGACGGAAAACCCCUACAGACGCUCCACGAAGGACAAGACCGACGAGCCGAAGACGGGCUUCAGCACCGCAGAGGAGGAGGAGCCGGCCCAUCAGUUCUUCUUCGACCUGAGCAGGAAGCAGGGGGGGGCUCCCCGGGGCCGCGGCAGGAGGAGACACCCGGACGGAGACGGACGGGGACGAGACCAGCAGCAUGAUGGGGACAGGCUCGAUCAGGGACAGCCCAAGAAGCUGCGCCGGCACCCUCAGCCCACCGGUCCCUGCUGGUUCUGUUUGGCCAGUCCUCAGGUGGAGAAACACCUCGUCAUCAGCAUAGGAACACACUGUUACCUGGCUCUGGCUAAAGGCGGACUGACGCCGCACCACGUGCUGAUCCUCCCCAUCGGUCACUACCAGUCGGUGGUGGAGCUGAGCUCGGAGGUGGUGGAGGAGAUGGAGAAGUACAAGUCGGCCCUGAGGAGCUUCUACAGGAGCAAAGGAGCGCGCUGCGUGCUGUUCGAGAGGAACUACAGGAGCCAGCACCUGCAGCUACAGGUCGUCCCGGUGCCGCUGGAUCGCUGCACCACCGAGGACAUCAAGGAGGCGUUCACGGUCCAGGCUCAGGAGCAACAGAUGGAGCUGAUGGAGAUUCCUCAACACACCGAGCUCAAGCAGAUUGCUCCUCCCGGGACGCCGUACUUCUAUGUGGAGUUGGACUCGGGGGAGAAACUCUUCUACCGCAUCCAGAAACAUUUUCCCCUGCAGUUUGGAAGGGAGGUCCUGGCCAGCGAGGCGGUGCUGAACAUCCCCACCCGAGCCGACUGGAAGGAGUGCAAACAGAGCCGGGAGGAGGAGGAGGAGAGCUGCCGACAGCUGAGGGACGACUUCCAGCCGCACGACUUUGCCUGGGACGACUAACGCAACCCCCACCCCCACCCCCUAGCCUAGCUUAGCACAAAGACUGGAAACAGGGGGAAACAGCUAGCCUGGCUCUGAGGGCAGCAAAGUCCACCCACCGCCUCCUCUAAAACUCACCGGUUGACGCAUUGUAUCUUGUUUGUACGGUCAUUCGAGCUUUGGUAGCGUUGGUAGGUGGGUUGUGUUACCUUUGGACAGAGCCAGACUGGCCGUCUCCAUGCUAAGCUAACUAGCUGCUAACCCACUACAGAGGCAUCGAAGUGAUAUCGAUCUGGUCAUCUAACUCUCAGCAGGAGAGCGAAAGAGAGAAAAACCGUAUUUCCCAAAAUGUCAAAUUAUGCCUUUUAAAUUUGGGUUGUUUUUUUUUUUUAUACGAGUGUUUUCCUUUUAUUUAUAUCUGACAGUUGUUGCUGCAACAGUGACGGAGGAAAAUAAGAUAUUUGCAGCAAACCAUGAGUUUUAUAAGAAAGAUCAUGAAAGUCUCAGUUUAAAGUUUCUACAAAUGAUCUCAAAUCUUUAUUUUUCCGUCUUUUGUUUAUCAAAGUGAAGUCGAAAUUCACAGAACGAAUAGAAGAGCCUGCAGCUCCAUAACUGGCAAGGAGCAGGGGAGACGGACCCAGAACCUCACUGUUCGGCGAGUGGCUUGGUCUUUUUGUUUUUUACGCUCAGAUGUGAUCAAAAGUAAUCAUGAGUUCCAGUGUUUAAAAUGUGACCAGUGUCUGUUUUGGAUCGAUGUCAGUUAUUCCUGAUACACAAAAGACAAAAAAAAAAAUAAAAUCAAAAUCCAGGUUUCAGGUUGUGUAGGUGCUGGUU